ACCACGGUAAAAUGUCAUCUGACGAUGUCAGUCAGAGGAUAGUUGAAUUGUCUAGCUUGGGAGACGUGGAAGCGAUAAAAAGUUUGAUAGAAACGGAGAGUACAGCUUCUGUCAAUUCAGCUGACAAGGAUGGAAUGACUGCACUAAUGCACGCAGCGUUUAAGGGUCGCUUAGAGAUGUGCAGGUAUUUGUUGGAAAAUGGGGCCGAAGUAAAUGAAACGUUUCAUGUCCACGAGUACACUCCUCUCAUGUUUGCUGUGCUGUCAGGCUCUGUUGAAGUAACACGUCUUCUUCUUGAAUUUGGUGCCAGUCCUCGUAAGAAAAAUGAUAUUGGAAAGACUGCAUGCCAACUAGCUGGAUUUGUUGGAUAUCAGAAAUGUGUAACAGUUAUUUGCAAUUUUAUUCCUCAGUCAAAAUUGGAACAGUUUACAGUUAUUCAAGGAUUAGACAAGGAACCAAAGCUGCCCAGUCAUCUCCUAUCCGCUGCUCACAAAUUUGUUACCACAAUCAACUUGAAUCCUGUUUAUCUGUCAUUGCUACUGAAUGAAAACACAGAAUUGUUGGCAAAACAUGCUUCAGUUGUCUACAUCUUGGAAAAGCUUAUGGAGCUCAAUGUAAAAGAACUCAACGAGCCACUGUGUUUCAAGAUGCACUAUCUUACUCAUGUGGUGCAGCAAGCUAGUACACACAAAGGCGGUCCAUUGGGCUGGAUAAAGUGGUUGCUGAAGGGUAGGGAGUCUGAUGGAGCACUGCUAAACCUGGAGGAUUUUGUUCGCACUAGCAUACGAGACUUUAGGUAUCGAGACAGUCAGCUACUGAGUAGUCUGGUGAAGGGCAUUAGCAAAGUGAAACUGGGAGAUCCUCCAUCAGCUUUGUUUUGUUUGGAACAAGCAGUUAACAGCAGUCGAGAGGUCGAGCCUGUGGACAAAUGUGCUACGUGUGGAGUUAGUGAAUCAAACCUGAAAAGAUGUUCAGCUUGUAAAGAGGUUUUUUACUGCAGUGUAAGAUGCCAGAAACUGCAUUGGUUUAGCCACAAGAAGCAGUGUAAGCAUAAAGAGAAGUCGAAAUAGAGAGAAACAGUUUAUCAUCCGUAGUAGCAGAGAAUGGCUGACAGAACACAGGAUGCUCGUAAUUGCAGCAAGUGCUACUGUGGCAGGCUAGAAGUUAUGACAGUGAUGUGUGUUGCCUCUAGCUAAUACACAGAUGGUUGCUGUUAGUGUGUGAUAGAAUUAGCGAAUAAAGUGUCUGUAUAAAUUGUGUGAAAUAUAAUCAACGUCUAAGCA